CGUUUACAAAACAAGCUAAAACGAAAAUCUACAUAACACGAUCAUCCGAGCUUCCUAAGCCGAACGCCUGUGUAGCCGCCUCCGGUCAGUUUCGUCAUCUGCGCGGAGCAGCGAUUACGGCCUUUUCCGGCGAGAUCCUCGACGACUAGUGUUCAACCGAACACCAGCAUGUCAUCGGCGAUGAGCAGGCUGCAUAUAAACGGGAGGCUGUACGUAGCUGACAUGGCACCAGGCACCGGGAACGCGGACCUUCGCCGCCACUUCGAGCGCUAUGGGGACGUGGCCGACAUCUUCAUUCCCAGGUGCCGCCUCACCGGUGGACCCCGUUGCUGCGCCUUUGUCCAGUUCUCUAGCCCUCGUGACGCUGGCCGUGCCCUCGCUGACCCUCGCCAUGUCAUCAAUGACCAGCAGGUGUACAUUGCAAGGGCACGACCAAGAUACUUGGAAGAUUCGAGUUUUCUCCAACCAAAGACCAGCGUGCCACCAGCGAUGAGCAAGCUGCAUAGCAACGGGAGGCUAUACAUAGAUGACAUGGCCCCAGGCACCGGCGACGUGGAUCUCCGCAACUACUUCGGCCGCUACGGGGACGUGGCCGACAUCUUCAUUCCCACGUACCGCCUCACUGGCCAGCCCCGCUGCUCCGCCUUUGUCCACUUCUCUAACCCCGAUGAUGCUGCCCGUGCCCUCGCUGACCCACUCCAUGUUAUCAACGGACAGGAGGUGUACAUUGCAAGGGCACGACCAAAACAUUUGGAACAAUCAAGUGUACCAGUACAAGCCUCUCUGCGAGCGGCGAAUCCGGGGAGGUCCAUGGCAUGGAUAUCGGGUUGGUGACACGGGCAAGACAUCCUUGGGUCCGCUAGUGUCUGACUGCAUCAUUAUAUAUAUCUCGGAGGAUGGUGUUCAAAGUUGGGGCAGACCGGUAGGAAUGCAGGCUGCCAGCAAGUCUACCGGGUACUGGCCAAGACAACAUUGAUACGAGCUCUCUGAAAGACCGUACUCAGUUUCAUCAAUUGGCGAGCCUUCUGCAAAUUUUGGCCAACUCUGGCCGAGAGCUGGUAUUUGGCUAUAUAGUAGGAUAUUGCUAGAGCUUCAAAAAGGCGCAAUCCAAUCAAAAAUUGCCACGUGGCAGGCAAUGUCAGAGUUUUGAAAAUCACACCGUUUGUUGUGAGACUUUAUGGUUUCGAUUCUGUAGCGCCAGCAGACUAGAAACGGAACGUUAGUUAAUCAUAUUUUUCUUGCUUUAUGAACGAUAUAGAUAUGGUUCAUACUAUUUCCUCCGAACGGUUUUUAAUCGACACGGAGUAGUUCA